AUUUUCUCUUUUCGUUUAUAGCACGAUAACUUCGAAUUUCUAUGCCAGUAAGUGGAACAUUCUGCGGCUCUUUGAAAAUUUAUCCAUCUUCUCUUUCGUCGACCGCUUCAAAUUCUAUUUAUUUUACUCAGUCAUGGUCGCAUAAUGCGUGUUAGACCAGGCCCUAUUAACGCGUCGGCUGACACGUACACGUGCAAUAUAGAUGCACUAAACAUCAAUUUGAAUCCAGAUUUUGCCUUCUGUCUAAGCCCUCUGGGUUUUUCUCCAGUACCUACUUUGUUUCAUACAGCUUUUUUUAUUUCCUGCAAUUCCCGCUUCUGCUUUAGCAGGUGCUAAUUUUUUGUUUUCUGUCCUGUUUUUUAAUUUCUCCCAAAAAUUGAAACACCCGCUCAUGGCGAGGAGAACUCCUUCCAAGGAUGCUGGGUCGUUCAAUCCUUUUGACUCGGACGACGAAGCGGAUCGAAGACCCACUUCGCGCAGAGCUGCACCAGAAAAACAGUACAAAAAUCCAUUUGAAGAUGAAGGGGCUUCGAAACCAGUUUCGAGACGUCCCCAGAUCGAGUCCCGCAGAGAUUCCGCGGCUCAUCGAAACCCCUUCAGCGACGAUGAAGUAGAAGAAAAGCCCAAAAAAGGUAAUCUCGCUAGCAAGCUUGAAAAUGGCACUCUCUUCGAUAAUUACAAUAAUAACAAUCACAGAACCUCAAAAGAUGCCCAGAGCAGGGGUUUCAAGGAACUCGAUGAUAAUGGUAUUAGCAACGAGGGUUUGAGGCCAAAGAGGGGCGACCGGUUUAAGUCCCAAGUUAAAGAACGGGCGGCCUCUGUGGGCGAAUCUGCUAUCAAAACUGCAGAGAAAUUGAAAGAAACGAGCAUCAAUUCGGCCCACAAGAUGAGGAUCAAAAAGCCCAGCAGGUCAUUGUCUCCUGAGGCUUCCGAUUCGAUUCCCUCCAAGGGUUUUCCCGUACCCAACUCUGAUUUGCAACAAAGGGAUCUUUUAUUUGCGGACGAGGAGAGGGAGAAGGAGAAACAGAGGGGUUCUGUCGAUUAUGCAACGCGCAGACGGUAUAAGAAUGAUUUUACUGAGAGCGGGGGUUUCGAAAACCAGUCUGUGCAGGAGUUGGAGGGCUAUGCGGUUUACAAGGCCGAGGAGACCACUUCCACUGUGAAUAAUUGUUUGAAGGUUGCGGAGGAUAUCAAAGAAGAUGCUUCCAAGACCUUGGUUGCACUGCAUCAACAAGGCGAGCAGAUUACACGGACCCAUAAUAUUGCGCUUAAUAUUGAUCAUGAUCUUAGUGCGGGCGAAAAGCUUCUUGGUAGCUUGGGUGGGAUUUUCUCCAGAAAAUGGAAGCCUGAUAAGACUAGGACAAUAACGGGUCCUCUACUUACUCGAGAUAAUUCAUUCAAAAGAAGAGCAAAGCACAUGGAACAAAGGACAGCAUUAGGCAUUGCCAAGAGCCCAAAGGGCAAGGCUUCAACCAGAACCUAUCCUCUUGCUGCAGAUACCCCUCAGGCUCGGGUAGAGUUAGAAAAGGCAAAGCAAGAUGAUGCUCUUUCAGACUUGAGCAAUGUGCUGGACCAGUUGAAGGAAAUGGCUAUCGACAUGGGAAGCGAGAUAGGGAGGCAAAAUGAAUCAAUAGAUCAUCUUGGGGAUGAUGCUACAGAGCUUAGUUAUCGUGUAAAGGGAGCUAAUGCACGUGGACGUCGCUUGCUUGGGAAAUAUUAAUAACUGGGCCGUCUUACAGAUGAGUGGUUGUGCUUUUUCUACAACAAUCGUCUUUCAUUGUUAUGAUUGCCUAUUGGCUGGACCUCUAAGUCCCACAUUUGUAUAAGAUUUAUUCUUUCUUGAGAAUGUUACAGAAACAUCCAAACAAUUGUUCCUUAUUGCAUGACAAAGCACUGGAUUCAGAAGAUAUGUAAAAUAUAAGUGAUUGAUGACCAAAAUCCAUGCAGCCAUGUGGCUUUUCUUCUGAAAAUACAGUUUAUAUAAUUUGACGGAAGGAAUUGUAGCCAAAGAUGUGCCCAGAUGAACUGAAUGCACAUGAUUAUUGUUUUUUAUCAUAAUAUAUUUUUUAGAAGCUUUUGUUUGA